AUUAAAAUAACCAAAAACAAGAUAUUUAAAAUCGGUAGAAAUAACACGAGUAACGACUUGGUUAUAAAUAAUAAUUAUAUUUCUUCUGUUCAUUGCUCAAUUUGGUCAAUUCAUUUUGACGAUGAUUCGUUGCCAUUAAUCUAUAUAAAGGACGAGAGUUUGAAUGGGGUUUUCCUAAACAAAGAAAAAUUGGGGCGAAAUCAGAUCGGGUUGUUAUGUAACAACGAUGAAAUCGAGAUUAAGAAUGGGUUUAAGGCUAAAUUUUUCUAUCCACCAAUUUUCAAGCAUAUGUUGAGAAAUAAUCAAAAUUUCAAACAAGCUCAAGUUUCUAAAAAUUGGUUUAUUUCUUCAAUUAAUAUUGGGAGUGGGACUUUUGGAAACGUUAAUAGAAUUAGGGAAGCGAAUAAGAAUAGUGAUAGUGAUAACACUAACACUAACACUAACGCUAACUUUAAUAUAAAUAGGUUUUGUGCAGUUAAGAUAUUGAAACAAAAUGUAUCUUUAACUGAAUCAAAAAUAUUGAAAAAAUUAAACCAUCCUAAUAUAAUAAAAGUACAUGAAACAAUAAUUAAAAACAAUCAACUUUAUAUAUUUGAGGAAUUGAUCUGUGGAGGCGAUUUAUUUUCAUAUUUGGCAAAGGGAGAUUGUUUAAUUGCCUUGCCUGAGCCUGAAUCUUUAUUAAUCAUAUACCAAUUGUUGUUGGCGUUAAAAUAUCUUCAUGAUAAUAAUAUAGUCCAUAGAGAUUUGAAAUUAGAUAAUGUUUUACUUCACAAACCCGAGCCUGGAACGAGAGUUAUUUUGACAGAUUUUGGUAUUGCAAAAGUUUCUCAAAACAAUAAAAGAAUGCAUACGAUUGUGGGAACUCCUGAGUAUUGUGCUCCUGAAGUUGGUUUUGCAUUAAACAUUAAUAAUCAUAAUAAUAACAAUAAUCAUAAUAAUAAUCAGAACAACAAAAAUAGAGUGAGCUAUAUUAACAAAACUGGAUAUACUAAAAAAUGCGACAUUUGGUCUCUAGGAGUAAUAGCGCAUAUAAUACUUAGUGGAAUAUCUCCAUUUUAUGAAGAUGGUAAUGAAGCCAGUAUAAUAAAGGCUACAAUGAAGGGGAAGUUGUACUUCAAUCGACCACAGUGGCUGAAAGUGACCAAUAAUUCCAAAGAGUUUGUGAAAAGCUUGUUAGGAAUCAACCAUUGGAACCGACCCGAUUGCGAUGGCUGUUUUAAUAAGCCCUGGAUAAAAAAUCAUUUAGAUUAUCUUGAAAAAAUCUAUCAUAGAAAGGUAUUA